AUGGACACCGCUUCGCUAAUGGAUCGUGUCCCACGGCGCCUGUAUGUCCUCGUGUUUGUCGCCGUGGCAGUCCUCGCCAUUGGCCGAAUUCGGCAGUAUUUACGCCUGAGACAUUUUCGCGGACCCGCGACGUCGGGAUUCUCUUGGCUGUGGCAUUCAAAGGCCGUUAUCAGCGGUCAAAGUCCUAGGUACUACGGCCAGGUCUGCGAAAAGUAUGGACCGAUAGCGCGGAUUGCACCAAAUCAUCUCAUCACUUCCGACCCGGAGCUCUGGACGCGAAUUAAUGCUGUGCGCUCGCCGUACAGGAGAUCCACGUGGUACUAUCAUGCUGCCCGCUUUGAGCCCGGAAAGGACAAUAUCUUCACCGAGUGUGACAAUGAUAGGCACGAUGCGAGACGAAAGAAGAUGACGUCUGGGUAUGCCGGCAAAGAGAACCCGGACUUGGAGCCCUCUAUAGAUGUUCAUGUCAAAGAACUCGUUGAACUAGUACGCAAGUAUGCGUCUUCCACGGCCUCGACUAAGCCCUCAAGACCCAUGGACUUGGCUGAGAAGAUCCCGUUCUUCACCCUAGAUGUCAUCAGUCACGUUGGGCUGGGAGAGGCAUUUGGUGAUCUAAAGGCAGACAAAGACCUUAGGAACUAUGUUCAGUCAAGUGAGGAGGGCCUUAAGAUUGGUAAUACGGCAUUCGCCUUGGGCAUAAGCUGGCUCAAGAACAUGCCUGUCAUUGGGCCGGCGAUUAGUCCUUCGGAGAACGACGCCACUGGGUUUGGAAACAUGAUGGCUCAAGCACGCAAGAUUGUUGAAUCCAGAAGCCUAAAGCCAACUGACGGCAAGUCUGACAUGUUUGCAUCGUUUGUCCGUCAUGGUGUAUCGGGUGACGAUCUUUUCCAAGAGGUCUUUGAACAAAUCUUAGCUGGCUCUGAUACCACUUCAGCUGCUAUACGGGUUAUUCUCCUCCAUAUCAUGAGCCAUCCACGUGUGUAUGCAAAGUUGCGGGCUGAAGUUGAUGAGACAGUCAAGAGAGGCCUUGCUCCCGCACCUCCUGAGGUAAUAUCGGAUGCUGAAGUGCGUCGCCUACCAUACCUAGGUGCUGUUAUUCGAGAAGCAAUGCGGGUACACCCACCGGUUGCUAACAUCUUUUCCCGAGUGACACCCGACGAAGGCGACGUUGUGACUAUCGAUAACAAGGAGUGCUUCAUACCUGGCGGCACGUUGAUCGGCUACUCAGCUUGGACAAUGCAUCGCAACAACCCAUCCCUCUAUGGUGAAGACUGCGCCGCCUUCCGACCGGAACGCUGGCUCUUCGACACCAGCGACGAUGAGGCGAAGGAGCGUUUGGCGAGAAUGACAAGGACCAAUGAUUUGAUUUUUGGUUACGGUCGAUGGCUCUGCUUGGGACGGAAUAUUGCUUUGCUCGAGAUACAUAAGUGUGUGUUUGAGUUGCUACGGCAUUUCGAUCUUGCUUUGACGUAUCCGUUGGAGCCAUGGAAGACGUUCAACUCGCUGGGGCUAUGGGAGAUCAAGGAUAUGUGGGUGGAUGUCACACUGAGGGAUUGAAGGAUGGAUUAUACGUGUAGCGUACUUGUGUGGUAACGAACAGUGGGCGAGCUAAUGAGGGGAUACCGAAAUGAGCAAUGGACAAUUAUGCAAGGC